AUGUCUACUGAAUGGCAGAAGUUCUUCGUACAUGCCGGCAUUCCUGCUGCUGUUGCUCGAUCAUAUGCAAACUCUUUCAAGCAAAAUAGAAUUGAUAAAACAAUGUUGAAAGAUCUGGAUAAAUCUACGUUGGCCGAAUUAGGAGUUACAGCUAUAGGAGAUCAACUUGCCAUUCUACGUCGGGCCAAGAAUUUAGGGGAUUUGUCAGUCGCUGAUGAUUCUUCAAAAGUUGUUGCUAGUCAAAGAAGCCGUGUUUCAGCUCCCGGAGAACAUUUUCCUGCAGCUAGUAGUUUGAGAAAAGGUCGUCCACCUCCAGACCGUAACGAAAUUUAUCACAUCAAAAUGCCCGAUGGAAAUACCUCGCGGACUAAAAAGAUUCUUGCUAAACACGAACAACUACGUAGACAAGGUUUGGCCAUCAGAGGAACGACAGGCGUCCGUCAGGCAGGUCGAGAUGUAAGUCCUGUUGACAAGACUAGUGUAGCUGCUAGGACUUCCAAAGGGGGAAUCCUGGAUAGACUGGGUGGUGUUCGAGUCGUGGAACGUAGCAAAAAAGUUUUAGGUGGAAGAGUUGAUAAGAGAGGAAGUCCACAAACCAAGUUCUCAGGAGCUAAUAUGCGAGUACGAGUGGCCAGCAGUAAUGACGGUGCUAUAAUAGUGAAAAGAAAUAAUAAUAGGGUCGCUCCGAGUAGUGUAACCGUUAGUGUUAAUGGAAAUCCUAACCGAUUCCGCCGUUCAAAUAUGGGUAGUCGACUUCAAGUGGCAGGUGGAAGUUUUAAUAACAAGCGUAAUAUAAAGAGUAGAAUUGUUUACGAGGAUGAUAAUGUGAUGGAAUAUGCAGAUGAUGGGCUGAUAUAUGAAGAUGAUGAAGAAGGCUUAUAUGAUUACGAAGACGGCGACUAUGUUCAGUACGUUCAGAAACCUUCUAUUUACGAUCGAUUAAGCAAGUAA